AUGGUUGGUGGACUACCCAAUUCCAAACUCUGGAACAUAGAGUACAACGACUUGGUGUUCAAAGAAGUUAUAGGCAAGGGUAACUUUGGCAAUGUGUAUAGAGGAUCAUAUCUUGGUGUAGAGGUGGCCAUCAAACAGAUUCCAUCCUUUGACGACCCAGACUAUUGCAAAUAUACAGAGCGCGAGGUCAAGGCACUGCGAUACAUCAGACAUCCACAGGUGGUACACUUCUUUGGUGCCUGUCACCAUACAACAGGAUUCUAUCUGAUCACAGAGUUUGUGGAUGGUCCCGACGUUAGACAAUUUGUCAAGUGCACCAUCAAGCCACCCAGAUGGACACAACGUGUAUCACUAGCGUUGUCCGUGGCACAGACCUGCUUCUUCCUGCACUCCAAGAAUAUAAUACAUCGUGAUCUCAAGACAAAGAACGUUCUGAUGACCAGAGGCGGUGCAGCAAGUCUGCUCAAUAGCACAGACCACUUCAAGACCAAGUUGUGUGACUUUGGUUUCGCACGUGUUGGUUCACAGUACUCGACAGGAUGUGACAGCAGCAGCAGUGACGACGACUCUCAGUCCGACGUUGAUGAUGAUCUCUACGACACCAAUGGAAAUGGCACCAAAGCAUCUGGACGUCUCAGGAGGAUGAGCAUCUGUGGAACACCGAGCUUCAUGGCACCAGAAAUCCUGCUACAGAAGAAGUAUGACUGGAGCGUCGAUGUCUUCUCCUAUGGUGUCAUUCUGGCCGAGCUCAUCACAUUCAAGCGACCGGGCAAGGACUUUUGGGUGCGCAACUCUACCAAUGGUUUCGAUAUCAACGUGGAGGAGCUGAAGGAGAACAUCGCCAUUCCAAACGAUUGUCCUACUGUAUUCUAUGACCUUUGUAUCAAGUGUUGCCAGUACGAGCCAAGCCAACGACCAAAGUUCUCAGACAUCAUACACAUCCUGGAGGCCUUGAUGCAAACUCUAGAGACAGAGAACGGCGCGACUUCCCCUCUGGUAAAUGGUGGUGGCAACUUGUCCAACAGUAACAGCGGUUCACUACCAGUUGGUGCUGAUCUCACAGUCAGUGACACAUCCAUUCCCAACAUCUAUCCAAUCACUGUGUUCAAGGAUCGCAAAAGACAGACAUUGGGUACUAUUGCCAACAGACUGACUAGCAACAGGAAGCAGUCCAAUGCCGCCAGCACAGCAACAACAACACUUGGACAACAACAUCAACAGCAAACAGAGCGAGAGGGUGUACUCAAACUACCCAUCCACCAGUACUCCAAUGGUUGGAAGGAGUUUGGUGUGGAUGGCUUUGCCAAAGUCUGGAUAGUCUAUCAUUCAAAUAUGAUUAGAAUCCAUGAUCGUAAAUCUAAACAUAACCUUACACAGUUGAUAGAGGUGACACCUGCCAGAGUGAUAAAGAUAUCAAAGAACUCAAUGACCAUUGCAUUCUCUGAUCCAAACAUUGCCAAUGGAACACCGAUCAUCAAUGUCAAACCAUACUAUGAGACCUAUCCACAUGUGCAGUACAUUGUCACCAAUGAGAUGAAGCGAUCAGCAUCAAUACUCACCAACGGUCUGUGUCUGUCCUACGAUGACAAGAUUUUCUGGAAGGACAACAAUGAGCUCGUUGUCAGACUUCAGUCGUACGCAAGACGAUGGCUGCAUCGAACCCGCUACAAUCGCUUCAAGAGCAGUUGGAGCACACCGAGCACUCGUGCAAUGUCUGCUCAGGAGCUACAUGGUCAACAGAAGCAAUGGAUUGGUUUGGUUGACCAGCUGAUCACAUCGGAGCACGACUACAGACGUCAGUUGGACUACAUCCUCAAGAGCUAUCUGGCGCCACUGCAGUCAAAGUUCCGCAUCAACAAGCCACUGCUCAACUACAAGGAGAUCGCCUCUAUCUUUUCCAACAUCGAGACAAUCUAUGAUCUCCACACUGUAUUCAUAUCGACACUCAAGUUCUUCUCGACACUGGCACCAUUCUACACAACAGCUGCCUCUGAUGAGACCAGGAGCAACAACGCCAAGAUCACCUCGUCCAACAAGGACAACACCGUCUAUCAAUACCAGACGAUAUCACAGUUCUUUAUCAAGAACUUCAACCAGAUGAAGAACAUCUAUGGCAAAUACAUGUACAACUUCAAGUAUGCGAUGAACACUCUGUCAUGGUGCCGUCUGAAUCCAGACUUUGCCUCUUUCACCAAGCAUGCCAACGUGUCUGGUGAAGACGAGUUUGAUUUGGCUCCUCUGCUCUCUCUGCCAAUCAAUAGGAUCCAAAAGUACCAGCUGCUGUUUGAGAACCUGACCAAGUGCACUCCCCUGGAUCACCCCGAGAACAAACACAUUGCCGCUGCCUUCUCAUUGAUCAAGGAGAUAUCCAGCUUCCUACAGAAUCAACUGGAGAUGUCAGUCAACUACAGCAGCAUCAUGUCAAUCGAAACGAUGUUGCUCGAUGAUGGCAAGGGACGACAGUCACUCAUGCAGAGUGGACGUUGGUUUGUCAAGCAGGGCGCACUGGAGGAGACUUCAAGCAAGCAAAAGUACUACAUCUACUUGCUGUCGGACCUGUGUCUUAUCACAAAACCAUUCAAGUCCAAGAGCUCACAGGACUCUGCCAACAACCAGAAGUACUACUACCGAGAGAAGUUCUGUGUCCACCUCAAGGACCCAGAGGUGUCGAUGAAGUUCAAUCCAGAUGUCGUGAAUGGUGUGAUUCUCAACAUGGGCCUUCUUACAGGCAACAAGUGCUACAGAUUCGUUGCAGCAAGCGAGGAGGAGGCCAACGAAUGGGUUGGAGAGUUUGAGAGAACAAUCUCAAACUGUAGCAAGGCAUCAACUCUGACCACACCAGGAACAGAGGAACCAUUGAAGUAUGGUUCACAGGUGGUUGGUAGUGGACCAAACAACAACAACGACAACGUAAUGGAUGUUAACUCGAAUGGACAUCACACAGAGACGUUCAAAGAACCAUUGGCCGAGAAGGAGAAAGGUUUCAUCAAGAGACUUCGACAAAAGAGCGUCUCUUCUGGCUCCCCCGACAGGAGAGAAUCUCUUGCGAUUCCACCAACACCUUCCACACCAAUUGUGUUGUCUUCAUCGGCGUCCAACACACCUACACUCACUUCAGCCAACAACAGCGAGAAGAAGAAGUUCUCCACUUUUGUCAUGAAGAAGUUCAAGAGAUUGAGUGUCAACUUCUCAGCCGUCAACGAUAAAUCAAAGGGAAGAGAAGACAGCGUUGAUUAG